UAACAGAUUUAAUAAAAAAAGUCAAUUUUAACUCCCAUGCUAAGGCAAUACUAAAAAAAUAAGUUAUGACAUUGACGGUUUAAUGUACCUGACCCGUCAUUUGACUGAUUGUCAUCAUCCCGAAUAAAAAUUAGAAUUUUGUGAAAAUGUUGCGCCAGCCGCUAACCCGGGCGCUCGCGCUUAGCUCUCCGGCGCGUGUGGCUCCAGUGGCUACACGUCGAUACGCCGAAGUUGCUGCUCCUCAUCCAGAUAAAGUAGAGGUGUUCAUUGAUGACCAACCUGUCUAUGUGCCACCAGGCACCACUGUAUUGCAGGCAGCAGCUCAAGUUGGAGUGGAAAUCCCACGUUUCUGCUACCAUGAGAGGUUGGCGGUUGCCGGCAACUGCCGAAUGUGUCUGGUUGAAGUAGAGAAGUCUCCUAAGCCUGUAGCCGCCUGUGCCAUGCCCGUGAUGAAAGGAAUGAGGGUUAAGACCAAUUCGGAUCUUACAAGGAAGGCCAGAGAGGGAGUCAUGGAGUUUUUGCUUGUGAAUCAUCCAUUGGACUGUCCUAUCUGUGACCAAGGAGGUGAAUGCGAUCUUCAGGACCAGUCCAUGGCAUUUGGGUCUGACAAGAGCCGCUUUACUGAUAUCCAUUUCUCUGGGAAAAGGGCUGUGGAGGACAAAGAUGUGGGACCACUGAUUAAGACCAUCAUGACUCGGUGCAUCCACUGCACUCGCUGCAUUCGGUUCGCGUCUGAGGUGGCUGGCAUUGACGACUUCGGUACCACAGGGAGAGGGACUGAUAUGCAGGUGGGGACGUAUGUGGAGAAAAUGUUCCUGUCUGAGUUGUCCGGGAACAUCAUCGACCUCUGCCCUGUCGGAGCGCUCACUUCCAAACCAUACAGCUUUGCUGCUCGACCCUGGGAGACCAGGAGGAUCGACUCCAUCGAUGUUUUAGACCCCCUGGGUAGUAACAUCGUGGUCGCCACCCGCACCAAUGAAGUGUUGCGUAUUCUGCCGAGAACUAAUGAGGAGAUCAACGAGGAAUGGCUGUCGGACAAGUCGCGGUUCGCGUGCGACGGCCUGAAGCGGCAGCGGCUGGUGGCGCCGCUGCUGGCCGACAGCCGCGGGAACCUCACGCCCGUGGACUGGGAGGACGCCAUCGUGGCCGCCGCCCGGGCGCUCAGGGAUUGCCCCUCUGAUAAGUUGUUGGCCGUUGCCGGUGACUUGGCGUGUGCUGAAUCACUGGUGGCGCUGAAAGACCUGCUCAACCGGCUGGGCUCGGAGAACACCUGCACAGAGCAGUACUUCCCGCUGGAGGGCUCGGGCAUCGACCUCAGAUCGUCAUACCUGCUCAACACCAAGAUUGCCAACGUGGAAGACGCAGACUUCGUCCUCCUGAUCGGCACCAACGUCAGGUUCGAGGCGCCGCUGCUGAACGCGCGCAUCCGCAAAGCUUUCAUUCACAAGGACACCGACGUGGCGCUCGUCGGGCCUCAAGUGGACCUCACCUAUGAUUACACGCAUGUCGGCGACUCAGCAUCAGUAGUCAAAGACUUGGCCAGCGGUACCUCCUCCCACGCGGUCCUGAAGCGACUGGAGCAGGCCAAGAGGCCCGUCGUCAUCCUCGGAGCCGACCAGCUGAAGACGCAGGAGGGAGCCGCUUUAUUGGCAUAUACCCAGGAGUUGGCGCUGAGGCUGCAAGACAAGUUAGAAGACAAGAACUGGAAGGUUUUGAACGUGCUGCAACGUACAGCGUCUCAGGUGGCUGCCCUGGACAUCGGGUACAAGCCAGGCGUAGGAGAGUUGCUCCAGGCCGGACCAAAAGUGGUGUAUCUCCUGGGGGCUGAUGCUGGAGUCGUCACCAGGGAGCAACUACCCAAAGACGCCUUCGUUAUCUAUCAAGGCCACCACGGCGACGCGGGCGCGGCGAUGGCGGACGUGGUGCUGCCGGGCGCGGCGUACACGGAGAAGCGCGCCACGUACGUGAACGCGGAGGGCCGCGCGCAGCAGACGCUGCCGGCCGUCACGCCGCCGGGGAAGGCGCGCGACGACUGGAAGAUCAUCAGAGCGCUAUCAGAAGUGAUAGGCGCACGGCUCCCGUACGACAACCUGGAUGAGAUCCGCGACCGCCUCGGAGAGAUCAGCCCCGCGCUCGUCUGCUUGGGGGACGUCCAGAACAACAACUACUUCGCACAGGCCCGGGCCUUGGCUAAGAGUGUACAGAAGCCCGUAUCUGGUAAACUGGACGUGCAGCUGAAGACCCUGGCAGACUACUUCAUGACGGACGCCAUCAGCCGCGCAUCGCCCACGAUGGCCAAAUGCGUACAGGCCGUACACAAGCAGAAACAAUCGCCCUACUAGAUGAUACCAUGCGCGUACACGAAUUUAAAAGAAAGCAUUUUUGAAUUUGAUAGACAAACUCCUUUCGAACGUUUUUGAAUUCAAUUGGUUAAACAUUUUUUAUUUCGGGUAAUUUUCGAUAUAAUUUAGAAAUGGAACGUUUUGUAGAACGAUUCGUGUACAUUGUUUACGCGUUUAGUUAUUAGGGAUAUUCCUGAUAUUUGCCGAUUUAGUGAUAAAGAUUUUGUUUUUAUUUUCAUUGCUCCAUCCAACUUUUUCUUAAUUUUAGUACAAAGACAUCAGUUUUAUUAUAUUUUUAGCACUGAAUCGGCAAAGUCGGCCGCUUAGGAUAAUUAAUAAAUUUAUAUUUCGCCUUUCUGCAAUCAUUUUUACGAAGGAAAUACUACAGAAAUGCACCAAUGUAGUUGAAUGUGUCUCAUACUGCCUCAUGUAUGAGUACUCAACUGGCAUAGACUGCAUGUACAUUGUGAUUUAAAGCUAUUUAUUUUGUUAUUUAAUGGAUAAGAAUAAAGUGUGUAACUCUCUUUCUCUUUGAAAUUUUGUCAUCCCUUAAAAUAAAAUAAAUAUUAUUAACAUGUUAUAUCUAAUCUAUUUAAUGAAACCGGAACGUAUUUGAACGGAUGCAAUGUAAGAUCAAAGUUUUGUAUAUAGAAAAUUGUAGUAUAAAAUAUACGUAGUAUAAUGAUUGUCGA